AUGUGGGCGACGGGUGGGGUCGAUGUCGGACGCGAGGCUGCGAGACGGGCUGCAAGGCAGAAUCCAGAGCCCGCAGCACCCAUCCGUGCCGAACACCCCCGGACGCGCAAGCAAUCGGCCACCAUGAUCACCGACACCUCCCUCUACACGCUCGCCAUCUUCCUUGGCUGCGCUGCCAUGCUCAUGAUCGUCCUUUAUCACUUCCUCGAGGUCAACGCCCAUGAGGGCGAGGCUCUGUCCAACGCCCGCAAGGCCGACGCCGUUCCCGCCGCCGGCAAGGCGAGGAGCUGA